GUUUGAUGGCUCCGACACCCUUUUGACUUUCUGGCUACAAUGGCAGAAAACCUAGCUAGGAGACCCAAAAAGAGUAUUUUAAAAAAUUCCAGUAGUUUUGACAAACAAGAGUCACAAAUUAGUGUAAAGAAGCCAAAAGAGACAAAAUGGGAUGAAAUGAACAUAAUAGCCACUCUUCACCCUGCAGAUAAAGAUUAUGGGCACAUGAAAAUUGAAGAACCUAAAACUCCUUUUAAUUAUAUGGACCCAGAUCACUUGGAUGGCUUAAAUCCAGAAGAACUAGCCGACAGAAUGGCGAAAGCUCUAGACAAACCACCCAAAUCAUUAAAUGAGGAAUCAGAUGAAUCGGAAGAGGAAGAAGACCUGACAGAAGAGGAAAAGCUAAGGAGGAAGGACUUCGAAAUGAAGAGAAAAAAACACUAUAAUGAAUACCACGCUUUACAGAUGGCCAAAAAGUUGCUAGAAGAAGAGGAGGACGAUGAUGAAAACAUGCAGGAAGCAGGACAAAGUUCUAGUAGUAAGAAACAGUGAAUCAAGCGAAUUUUGUAGUAGUAAGUUUUCCAUAUGUUGUGAUGAUAAUACUAAAGCAGAGUCAUUUAAAUGAUUCUGUAGGAUAUACAUGUAUAGGGAAUUGCUCGUUGUUGAAAAAAUAAUGGAAUUUUUAAAUAAUUGGUAUGGAAUUAUGGUUUUGUCUUCUUUGUAGCCCCAAGCACCACAUGGGUUAUUUUAGGGCAAAUAUUGUUUAAAUUUGCUGUGUAUAGAUUCAUCAAAUAACAAGGCUAUAAUCUGUAGAUUAAUAUUGUAUUGUAGUCUUUCUUUUAUAAUUCUUUAGAUAAUUUGUUAUUGUCAAGACACUUCCAGAAAUUUUAAUUCUACAAUUUUCAGUAACUUCAGUUUGCUAAGAGGAGUAUAGGUAUUUUUCAUGUUCCUAUGUUCUAAUCAAGCGUAAUAUACAAAGACCUUGAUAAUAGUCGGCUAUUUUUGUUGAAUCUAAAUCUUGACAAAAUUUUAAUAUCAAUUCACGC